AUGCUCGCGCUCCUGCCGGCCUAUUCCGCCCAGAUCUUCGCCAGCGCGGCCAACGAUCCCGGCCUCAAGGACGUCUUCGCUUCCAAGGGCGAGGGCUUUGGCCCAAAGCGACUGCGGCUCGGCAAUACGUCGAUGAAGAACGCCAAAUACAAGAAGAACGAAGGCGAAGUCCCGACCUGGAUCGACGGCGUGCCAUUGUCACGGACCGCUGCUCCGCCGCAUCAAGGAUCGGACAUCUCGGCCGACUGGGCUCUGGCGGACCAGACCCGAACCUUCUGCCUCCUCGUGCUGGACAUGGAGAAUGACUACCUCCCGUAUAUGACUUUUAUGAUGCCGAACGCCGAGGCGGUGCUCGCCGCCUUCCGCAAGGCGCAGCAGCCGGUCGUGUGGACCAACUGGUACCGGCAGGAGGAUGACGGCGCGUACGGAGCCAUCGACCGCUUCUGGGGCCCUCGCGGCCUGUACCCGCCGGGAGGCACCGUCAAAGGGCACGCCGAGAACCCGAUGUGGAUCGACACGAGGUACGGCAAGAACGCGACCGACACGGCGGGCUGCGCGGCGGAGGGUGGUCCGUACACGCACAAGAGCAGCGCGGCCGGAGCCGAGGGCUGGCGUGUUAGGCACCUCUCCAAGAUGGCCGACAAGGACGAGCACGGAGACGACAUCCUCUACCCGAUGCUGCAGGCGUGGGGCGUCGACACUAUCGUUAUCGUCGGCGCGUGGACCGAAGACUGCGUCAUCGCGACCUGCUACGAGGCGGCAGACCGCUAUGGUCUCGACGUCGUCCUCGUCACCGACGCCAUUGCAACGGGCUCGCCGGUGCACCAAAAGGCGAUGGACACGAUGCAGGCGGCCUGCGGCAAGACGCUGAUGGCGGAGGAGCUGGUGCAAUACUUCGCGAGCCACCGGCACAAGCUCGGCCCCGCGCAAGCCGAGCUCAACUAUGGCGCCGUUCAGCUGCGCCGCCGCGCCGCCCUGCUGAGCGCCGCGCAGGCCGAGGCGCGCGGUCGCGAGGGCAUCUCGGUGGCGGUCGCCGCGGUGAUCGCGCUGAUGGCGGCCGCGGUCGGCGCAGCGAUCGCCGUCCGCGUCUUCGUUCGUCACCCACUCUCCCACAGCUACGAGAAAAGCCCCGUGCCAUUCACCUAACUAAAGGUUAACGCAAGUGCUCGCACUGGCGUGAAUUUUGAUUGGAGCGCUCGUAGGAUCGUCCCGAUGCAGAGAAAGAGUUCAGGGAAAUGAAAAGGUAUAGGUACGGCGAACGGCGUGUGCGUGUCGACCGUUCUAGUCACCUCUAUUUUUACGAUUACCUGUGUGACC